CGGUAUACUGCUUUUGUUCGCGCGCAUAGCAUGUGUUGCGCAUUUUCUUAUUAAUCAGAAUAUAAUGUAUGCACACAUACUCGUACAUCCAUGGGAUAUAGAAAAGUGAUUUGUAAACAGAGUGAUUUCGACCAUAUUCAACAAGUAUGAAAUUAACAUAUUUCUCAUCAUGCAUUCUGGCAGCCUACACGAUUUUAAUAAAUAUCAAUAAAACGUACGCAGCCUGCAGCUCUUCUCAGUUCGAGUGCGACAACGGGAGCUGCAUUUCAAGCUAUAGCGUAUGUGAUGGAGCGAAAAACUGCCCGGACGGAUCGGAUGAAACGGCGAUAAAGUGUGUUUCUCAACGACAGCACUGUUCCAAGCCUUACUUCCAGUGUAGUUAUGGGGCGUGCGUUAUCGGCACGGCGGGCUGCAAUGGCAUCGAGGAGUGCGCCGACGGCUCGGAUGAGACGGUGCGCCGCUGUGGCAGCGACGAUGACAUUCGGGAGUUUGAUCGAAGACUUCAAGGGAAUUGCCAAGAAAACGAAAUAAAGUGCCCCUCGGGUAUUUGCAUCGAUAAAAGCAAGAGCCUUUGUGACGGAAAAGACGACUGUGGCGAUGGGUACGAUGAGUCGGUGACUCUCUGCGGUCACAUGGAGUGUCCAGGCUAUUCAUUCAAGUGCGGCAGUGGUGGUUGCAUUUCGAGCACACUCGUAUGCAACGGACAACCCGAUUGCUUUGACGGCACCGACGAGGCUCCAUUGCUGUGCAACACAACGGGGAAGACGAAGCCCACAAUGCAGCCUGUAGGCCCGGUGGAGCAGUACGGCUGCCCGCUGCCUCCGAGGAACGAGCGUCCCAUACUUAAGGAUCGCUCUGGCAACACAUUAAAGCCUCCCAUUACGAGAGCAACCGUGUACUUCUCAUGUGAGCCGGGGUACACACUCGUUGGUGAGUCUACCAGCAUUUGCUCGAACAGACAGUGGAGUGUGCCGGUGGUGCCCAGAUGUAUAAAGUAUUGUGACGCAAAAGGACAGUUUGACGGUUACUCAACAAAGGCUACAUGCUCCAUAAAGGGUCAGAAUUUAGACUGCACCCAGCGUUUCCACCCACCAGGCACUGUUGUUAAAUUCGUCUGUGCGACGGGCUUUCAAUCGCAGCAAGCUACGCAACCUCUUCCGGACAUGAAGUGCAUGGAGGGCGGCACCUGGAACCGUCCUCGCGAUCGAUGUAUCCAGGAGUGUGGCCAGAUUGCAACUCCCGUAAAGAAAUUCUCAGCCAAUGGCUAUUCGAUCAACAAUACUGCAGUGCCCUGGCACGUCGGCCUGUAUGCUAGGUACAAUGAGAAGGACGACAACUUUAUCUGUGGUGGGUCGCUGCUCACUCCCGAUCUAGUCAUCACAGCUGCACAUUGUGUGUUUGACGAAGCCGCUGGUCGUCCUUACUCCGCCGAAACUUUUCAGGUGAUUGGCUCAAAGUACUACAGGGAUUACAAAAGGACUACUGAGGAGGACCGCAUCCGGAAAGUGCGGGAGAUAAGAGUAGCUCAAAACUACAAGGGACAAGAAGACAACUAUUACCACGAUUUAGCUCUGAUCGUCCUAGAGAUCCCAUUUGAUCUCAAUACGGUUAUUCGCCCUAUUUGCGUAUCAUUUGCCAGCUACGCUGAGAAGGAGACCAUCAAUAAUAAUGUCAGAGGCAAGUUUGCUGGCUGGAACUAUGACGGGGAGCACGAAUUGCAAUUCGUGCCGGCCGUCUCAAAAAUGAACUCCGAGUGCUACUCGAACCACCUUAAGGAUAUUAAGCCGGACAAGUUCUGCAUUUUCACGGAGGGGAAAUCUCUCGCCUGCCGUGGGGAUAGCGGGGGGGGAUACACCGCUUUGCGCCAUAACGAUUACUUUAUUCAGGACGAAUACCGGUAUUUCCUUUACGGUGUCAUUAGCAACGCUCCAAAUGCUGAUCAGUGUGCUCACGGCAUAACGGUAUUGACUAAUAUACAGCAUUUCAACGAAAUUAUCGCGAAGGCCAUUCAAGAAAGCUGGGAGAACCGCGCGUAGUUGUAAGCAAUUAUUGAUAAUAGAGCGUUAUGUAUACUUGUAUAUAGAGAGAUAAAGAUACUCAAAAAGAGGUCAUAUUUAUAUAUUAUA